GCUGCUGGCAGAGACUGCGAGCAGAGAAACGUGCGGACGACGAGCCCUUCAACCAGAAGCCUCCGUUCACUUCUACAUCUUUGUGGGGGAUUUUACCAUAGUCAGAUCGAAGUAUUGUUCCCAAGACUGUUUGAUGUUGCAACUUGUUAAUCAGUUCAAACCCAUCUAAUAUCUGACCUACAAAAGGCGAAUCAUCCCUGUGCUGGAUCUCUGAGCCCUUUUAAUCAAUUUCAGCAGUUCGAUCUUCGUCUUAUUAAAAUUAAAGACAGAUACAGAGAUGGAUGAGCUGCAAGAUGUUCAGCUGACCGAGAUCAAGCCUCUGCUGACCUACAAGAACUCUCAGAACUUCCAAGACUUUGACUGUCAGGAGCAUGACAUUGAAACGCCCCAUGGUGUGCUCCAUGUGACCAUGAGGGGCAGCCCUAAAGGCAACUGCCCUGCCAUUCUCACCUACCAUGACAUCGGCCUCAACCACAAGUCCUGCUUCAACACCCUGUUUAACUUUGAGGACAUGAUGGAGAUCACUCAGCACUUUGCCGUCAUUCACGUAGACGCCCCUGGCCAGCAGGAGGCAGCACCCCCCUUUCCCACAGGGUACCAGUACCCUACCAUGGAUGAGCUGGCAGAGAUGUUAUCCUCAGUCCUGACUCAGCUGAAGGUGAACAGCGUGAUUGGCAUUGGUGUGGGAGCAGGUGCAUACAUCUUAAGCCGUUUUGCUCUGAUUCAGCCAUCCCUGGUAGAGGGGCUGGUUUUGAUCAAUGUGGACCCCUGCGCUGAGGGCUGGAUAGACUGGGCUGCUUCCAAGCUCACUGGGUGGACUAGCAAUCUAGUGGACACCGUGAUGUAUCAUCACUUCAGCACUGAGGAGCUGACUGACAACCAAGAACUGAUUCAGACGUACCGCCUGCACAUUGCCCAGGACAUCAACCAGGACAACUUGGCCCUUUUCUGUGGCUCGUACAAUGCCCGUCAAGACCUUGGAAUCGAGAGGCCAGUUGUUGGCCUCAAUGAAAACAUUGUGAAAACGCUGACAUGCCCUGCUCUUCUGGUGGUUGGAGACACUUCCCCUGCUGUGGAGGCUGUGGUUGAAUGCAACUCUAGGUUAAAUCCAACAAAGACCACCUUGCUGAAGAUGGCUGACUGUGGUGGUCUGCCUCAGGUUGUUCAGCCUGGAAAGUUGGCCGAAGCCUUCAAAUACUUUGUACAAGGAAUGGGAUACAUUCCUCAUGUUUUGCUCAGCCAUUUGAGCACUGAAUCAGUACCAGCGGCUGGCAUGACCCGUCUGUCUCGAUCCCGGUCCUCCUCCUCCAGCAUCACAUCCAUGGAUGGCUCACGCAGCCGCAACCUGAACAGCCCUCUGGACGGGCCCAACUCUGGAGUCCUGGACAACCAGGCCAGGCCACAAACCAUGGAGGUCUCCUGCUAAGGAAUCUGCUGUCUUCUGUCCUUUCACCCCUCACCUCCUGUUAUUUGUGUCCUAGAUACCUACAUGUUUCUAAUGCCUUUAAUAGUGAGGUAGGGGAGGCUCGAAGGAAAUGUAUUAUAUGCUGAAGGUAUGCAUAAUGAAUAUAUACAGAUGUUACUAUACGCUAGCCACAUUUUCAAUCAUAAAAGCAGAUACAAUUAAAGACUAAUAUAUAUUUACACAUGAAGGGUCUUCCAUCAUGCUUUUUAUUUUCAUUUUUUUUUACCACGGUUUGUGUUACAUGGAAUUAAUUCCACCUCUUUUAUGAGCCACACUCACAUAAAGGAAAACACAUGCAUUAAAAAAAUGUUUUUUAUGUUUUAUGGUGUGACCUGUGACAUUUCCUGUGCUCUUAUCGUGCUACACUGUGUGCUAUUGUUUAAUUUGUUAUGUCUUACAAAUGUGUUUUGUUGUUGAAUACACUUUCCUGUUCAUCAUAUGAAUGUAAUGAAUGUUCAGUAACUGACUUUUGUUGUAUUUAUAUUAAAAACUCUAAUGGGUUAUACUAAAAAACAUCAACCAUUAGAACACAAUUGCUUGUAAUGACUCGUCAGACAAAAGAAGUGGAAUAUUAUUCUUUAUUUACAUUUUAAUAAUUGUUUCUUUUUAUUUUUUUUUUAAAUUACAUUAAGCCAUCACCCUUUUAAAUGUUCAAACACAAAAGUAGCAUGGACUUAGUUUGUACAUUAAUUAACCAUUUUUUUUAACAUAAUAAUUCUUAAUCAAAACAUUAAUAAAUGCACACAUGGAAUGACAGAUGUAUACGAGUACGAAAUGGUGUCUGACAAAGUCACUGUCCACUGAUUCUCAAUUACAAAAUAAAGUUAGAUCAUGGAAAAUAA